AUGAAUAGACGAGAAAUAGAAGCUAUGCUGGAAUCAGAUUCUGGCACAUAUUCGGAAGAUUACGACGAUACUGACGCUGAUCCAAACUGGAGCUCGGAAAAUGAACCGGACGAAAAUAUUUACGAACAUGAAUCAUCGGAUAAUUAUAACGUAACUAUUAAUAUGAUUGGAAUAAAUCUAGAUAUAAUUGAAUGUCUGACGCAAGUCCUAUCGACUUUUUUUUAUCUUUUUUUCGACAAAGAAAUUAUUGACAUGUUAGUGGUUGAAAAAAACAGGUUUGAAAUUAUUUUGAGUAUGUUAAACAUUUUUGAUAAUGACAAUGCUCCUACUAAUGAUAGAUUAUACAAAAUCCAAAUAUUGAUUGAUUUACUUGUCGAAAAAUUCAAUAGCGCAAUAAUUCCUGAAGAGUCUAUUUGUAUCGAUGAGUCUAUGGUCCCUUACUUGGGUUGUUUAUCGUUUCGGCAGUAUAUUUCUAAUAAACGUCAUCGUUAUGGAGUCAAAAUCUUUAAGCUGUGUACACGGGACUUUUAUACAUCAAAAUAUAAAAUAUAUGCAGGAAAAGAAGCGACGACAGGUGAUUCGGUUUCAUGUAAAGUAGUGAUGGAACUAAUGGAACCAUAUCUCAAUUUUGGUAGAACAUUGUACGCAGACAAUUGGUAUAACUCCAUUGACUUAGCUGAAAAAUUAUUGCGACAUAAAACACAUUUAGUAGGAACUCUUAGAUCAAAUAGAAAAAGAAACCCUAAAGAUGUAACACAAAAAAAACUUAACAGGGGAGAAAUAUUUGCAAAAAGGAGUGAUUGCGAAAUUAUGGUACUAAAAUGGAGAGACCAUAGAGAUGUUCUUAUGAUAAGUACAAAACAUUCAAACACGAUGGAAGAAGUCAUGACUAAAAGAAUUAAAAUAAAACCAAAAGUUGUUAUCAAUUAUAACCGUGAUAAAGGAUACAUCGAUUUAAGUGAUCAAAUGGGAUCUUAUAGUAGCUGUCUAAGAGGUAUGAAGUGUAUUUUUAAAGAAGUCACUGGAAAUUCUAAGACAAUUAUCCAGUUCAAAGACGACAUUAUUAAUGAAUUGAUUCAGCAAUCAAACAGUGGUCCAGAAGUUCUAGAAGUUCUAGAACCAUAUGAUGAAUAUACGAACGUAGAUAGCAAAAAAGCAAACCUUUCGCAUAUCAACGAGAUUUGUCCUAAAUGA